ACGACAUCUACUUCCUUAGAUACGCGUUGCCUGUAGCGACUGAUUACAUCGAGAAAAUAAGACUUCGAAUCAGGCAUCAAUAGAAAACACUGAUACAACCAUCUGUUGAUAGGAUUAUCUAUUAAGAUAUUUUCUAGGUAGUAGGAUGGCUGCUGUGAUGACUGAGCAGGGUAUACCUGCUACUGCGACACUUGCAAGUAGAGAAAUUCCUCCUGAUCCACCAGCACCAGUUUUAAAUCCUAAUCCAAACAGAGAAAUAACGUACACUGGAAAUACUGGAAAUGACAUGGGUAUUUCUACAAUGGGAUUUCGAUCAGCAAAAUUUAAUCCAUCUGAAUGGCAUGAAUCCAAUUAUGCCAAAUUUUAUCAGUCUUUUGUUGACCGAGACAACGCAGAACGUGUUAUUCAUGAAUCAAGGCGUACAGAAAAAGAAACAUUGGAAACAACAAAUAAAACACAAGCCGAAGCCACAAAAAAGCUUGCAGAAAGUGCAAAGAACAUUGAGUUCUGGAAGUUUGAACUGAACAGAGAAAUAUCGGAUGUUAUUGAUGAGACAGAUUUGUUAUUAGCCCAAAAAAAGCGCCUGGAAAAUGCAUUACGGGCAACUGAGAUCCCACUUCAUAUUGCUACAGAUAACCUGAACUGUCGCCAGAGACGCUUGGGUGUUGAUUUGGUGCAAGAUAAUGUAGAAAUAUCACUUUUAAAGGAAGUUGAUAUCAUCAACAAUGUCCAAGAUUUGUUGAAAAAUACUAUCAACCAAUGUGAAAAACAAAUUAGGUUGAACAGAGAUGCUAAACAAAAUUUAGAAAUGGACUGGAGUGAUAAGAAAGAAGCCCUUGAAAUUGAAACAAAAAGUGGGAGUCUCCGCAACCAUCACACAAACAAACAGUUUCACGAUGGAGCAGCUAAGUUUGAAGAAAUUCAGUCAACACCUGAGUCUUGGGCUCAGUUUACACAUGACAACAUUGCAAGGGCUGAACAUGAGCGCAUGGCUAGCAUUCAGCUGAGAACUCUAGUAGACAAUGUGUUGGACGACACAUCUCGUGACAUGCGUGAACAGGCUGAUCAAGUUGAUGUUAGUUUCACCAACAGAAUUGCAGAAAUGGAGGAUGCAAAGACAAAACUGGAAGAAAAUUUGACAAAGGUGGUGAAGCAAAUUAAAGAUCAAGAAAAGAACAUGGAGGAGCUACAGCAAGCUAUUCGAGACAAAGAAGACCCGCUUAAAGUGGCUCAAACACGACUCUACAAUCGUACUUACAGGCCUGGUGUUGAGCUUUGUCGGGAUCCAGCACAGUAUCAUUUGGUUGGUGAAGUAAAUGAAAUCAAUCAAUCUAUUGAUGCACUGAAGCUCAAACUGAAUGAUGCACAAAACUCACUGAAAGACCUACAAGACAACCGCAUGGCUUUGGAAAAAGAAAUUGCUGUAAAAAAGAACAGCAUAUUUAUCGAUCGUGAUAAGUGCUUAACAGUUAGGAACAGAUUUCCAUCUAGCAUUAAACUGCAGGGUUACCAGUAACAAUUCCUAUAUUGUAUUUUUAAAAAAAUCAUUAACAAUUAUUCAGUUGUUUAUCUAUUUAGCCAUUGCCUACACAUUUUACAAAGCCUUGUUUACACAAAAAUGUUUCUUAUUAUGGCUGUGAUUAUCUUUCUCACAAUAUAUUUAAUUAAAUUAAAAAAAACAACUUUCUCAUUAGUCUAUGCCAUGUACAUAAAUAACAGAAAUGUUGAAGUAAUUUUCAGUAUUAUAACUGUUGUGCUCUCUAGUGAAGCUCGUUUCUUUUUGAGUGAUAGAUCGAAUGGCAGACAGCUGUGGUUAAUGUAUGUAUGUUGCAUCAAUAUAUAGAAUGUUUUUCAACCUAAAAAAUAGCCAACUACAUUUGCUUUGAAAGGGUGUUUUAACACAUUCACAU